AUAUCUUAAAAUAACACCAGAAAAUAGGCACGAAUAUGUAAGAUUGGCGUUAGAUUAUAGACUCCACGAAUUUGAUGCUCAAGUAGCAGCGGUACGAGAAGGCUUAUCGAAAGUCGUUCCUGUGCCUCUAUUGGCAUUAUUUAGCGGUGCUGAACUUGAAACGAUGGUUUGCGGUAGUCCAGACAUACCGCUUAAUUUAUUAAAAUCUGUUGCAACAUAUAAAGGUAUUGAAGCAAUGGCACCACUUGUUCAGUGGUUCUGGGAAGUCAUGGAUGAAUUUUCCAACCCAGAACGAUCGCUUUUCCUUCGUUUUGUUUGGGGCAGAACACGUCUGCCGCGCACAAUCGCAGAUUUUAGAGGCAGAGACUUUGUUUUACAAGUAAUGGAUAAAUACAAUCCACCGGACCAGUUUCUUCCUGAAAGCUACACUUGCUUUUUCCUUCUGAAAAUGCCACGUUAUUCGUGCAAAGCAGUUCUACGACAAAAACUGAAAUAUGCGAUUCAUUUUUGUAAAAGCAUCGACACUGACGAAUAUGCUCGAGUACAAGCUGCAACCAAUUCCGACACUGAAGAUACCGAUAGUUUAGCAAGCGAAGAACACACUUCGCUUUAAAUCAUUCAUUACGUGAAAUGGUUAUUUGUGUUUGAAGUGGCAUUUCUGUUGACUUCUUUAAAAAUGUGUUCACGGAUUCUCCAAAAAGCAAAAAUCCUAUUUUUCUUACACGGAUAUUUAUAUACAUAUAUAUGCAUAUAUAUAUAUAUAAACUACACUACGCUAAUACUUAAAUACAUGUACUGCUUUUGUAGCACGACCAGUCUAUUGUAUAGUAGAUGUUAAUAACGAAAAGUAAAUAAAUCACUAAGAUUAUUAGGGUUCUCUUAGUCAGUAUAACAUUAUUUACGUCGUAGUUAAUAUUGAAUAAUUACUUAAUUCCGAAAUUUUUUACUAGUAUUUUUAGUCCAACGUCUAAACUAGUUAGUCUUCAAGAAAUAGUUUAUAUAAUGUCGUUAUACAUUUCGAAGUACAUCUUUAGAAAUACAUUACAAUUUGCAAAGCAGAAAGUAUUAUUAAAUGUUCCACCAUGAUUUUUAAUGGUUGCAUAUUUUGAUCAUACGUUAAAAUAGUUAACAUGUAGCGAAAACAGCCACUAGUCUUGUUAUUUUACUAAAUAAUCAAACCGCGCUAUAGAUAGAAGAGGCAAUGUCAUUGAUUAUUUUCUUUUCACAUUUACUGAAUUAUUUAUUGAUAAUAAGACACAUGACUUGACACAUACUCAGUCACGACAGCGUAUUUUGCAAUCGAAAUGUUCUGAUACGAUAUCAAGGUCAAGAGAGUAUUACUUGCAUUGUCCCAUACAGUCUAUCAAUAAAAUUCUGAAUGUAUAUAAAUCUGUGAGAAUAAAGUUCUCGUAAAAGUCGUAA